GUGAAAACGCCCAGAACCCCUGCCACGCCUCCGUCGGCUUUAAAGUGCGUCAGCAGCGGCCGUGCCAGCUGAGUCUGGCCGGGAUCGGAGCGGCGGCGGCGUCCGGAGCCCGGCGAGGCGGCGGCGGAGGUCGGAGGCGGCUCCAGCCCAGGGUGCCAUCACCGCGGGUGUAAAGCUGCUCCCGAAGCGAUCUCCGAGAGGCUUUGUCAGCACUCCUGAUGGGUCGGGAGGAAGGUGCUGUUUGUUCCCAUCAGAGAGAUUCCAGCUGUGACCUGGAGGAGAGUGAAUUCUGCUCGACUCAUGGAGUUGUGAAGGAGCGCCUGCAUCCCCAGGAGGAACUAGCAGCCAAGAUUACACACUUGCCUGGAGCACAAGAAGCCACUUGGUAUAAGCACAGGAAUGCUACUUGUGAGUGUGCAGGGAGUGAAGAUGUGGAAAAUGGAUUCUGCACCAGUGGGGGGAGUGUGAGGGUGCCCCUGGAUCCCCAGGGCACAUCAGCAACCGGCAAUGAACACAAAAGGAAAAUAUUCAGAAGAUUCCAGGGUAAAUGGUUCAGCUCCCAUCCCGUGCUCGUGGCGCUGCUGAUUCUGCUGCUCCUGGUGCUGGUGCUGGCUUUGGGGGUGGCCUUGGCUGUGCAGUCAGCACCACAGGUUCCAGUUACGCCUGCGACUCCGCAGUGCUGUCCUCAUGGCUGGGUUGGGUACAAUGGGGUCUGCUACUACUUGUCAAGUGAUUACAGCACCUGGGAGCAGGGUCAGGAACGGUGCUCCGAGCUCGGGGCCUCCCUGGCCAUUCUCAAGGAUGAGGCCAUGGAUUUGCUCUUCCGCCUCCGCGGGAACGUCGAUUACUGGCUCGGGCUGCGCAGACGGGGCGAGCGCCUGCACUGGGGGGACGGCAGCAGCUACAGCUCCUGGGUUCCUGUCCUGGGCAAUUCCGAGUGUGUGUACCUGGCUGACGAUAAAUUCAGGAGUGAGAUGUGCUCAAAUGAGCGGCCGUAUGUCUGCAGCAAGGCCCAAGCUGCCCUGUAACAGGGACUGGAGAAAGGACCUUGUCCACACUGGGCAGUGCCAGCGUCGUCUGUAAGCCCGGCACAGGGCUGUCCUUUCUCAGCUGUACCUGUGUUCAUACCGAAAUGCAAAAGCCAUUAACAGUAUAAGUUAUUUAUAACAUUAUGUAUCGAGCUCCUUUGGGAAAUCCAAAUCGUCCUGGGCUCUGGAAUUCAUCACAAACUGGUCUGCACAUGACACAUCUGGACUGCCUUUGGAAGAGGAAGAAAAGCAGCUGACACGUGCUGAGGAGGAAUCCCACUUGUGGCAUCAGGCUUUGAAGAAGCCAGACUGUGAAGAAGGAUCUGUCAGCUGCUGGCUCUCUCUCUCUGCUUUGGAGGAGGAUGGUCAGAGCUGCUGCUUGGGGAAGGAAUUUGCUGCCACAGCCAUAACCAAGCCAAGAGCUGCUUCCUCUGCUGUGGAAUGAGCCGCUGUGCCCGGAACUGCAUGCGAGGGGAAAGUGCCCGUGGCUGAGCGGGACCGGGGCUGGGUUUGUGUCUGCUCGGGGCAGGGCUGCGCUGCAGGGGUUUGUGUGCCUGGGACAGAGCAGUAAAGAGCUGCUGUUCUAUUCUCAUAGCUGUGUCUGAGAGACCCUUCACUUCUAAAUUAUAAUAAUUCUGAGCACGGGGGUUUACAUUUUCCACUGCAAGGGAGGCUCCUGCCUUUCUAACCAAAACACUCCCAUGCCCCUGUGCCACUGUGUUGGGAGGAGGGAAGGAGGGAAUCGGGGCUAAAGAGAAGCCCAGGAAGGAGAGUUCAGAAGGUGCAUUUUUAGGAUUUUGGGUACUUCUCAUUCCCUUGCUCAGAUUUGUUUGAUAAUAAAUUCAAUUAAUUUCCCCAGUUCAGGCCUCAUUCCCCAGUUACGCCCAUGCUGGGUGAGAGAUCUCUUGCUGCCUUUAUUGAGACCUUCGAGCCUUUCCUGCUGUGUUCUGUAGCCUGUCCAGGGGCAGGAGGAGAGGCACAGAGCGCUUUUGCUGUCCCUGGGCACCUGGCCUGGCCCAGCCCAGCCCAAGAGUCCCUGCCAGAAUUCACUGCACCAUUUCCCAGCCCCACGGUGGCUCUGGCUCCAUGGGCAGGUGGCUCUAGAUGGGACGGAGGGAGAGGAGGCAGCUGGAGCCAGUGGGGGAAAUGUCUUUGCUGUGAGCUGGCAGGGAGAGGAGGAGGAGGAGGGAGAAAGUGGUGCAAAGUAAAGGCGAGAGAAAGAGGGACAAGGCUGGAGCGGUGGAAGGCAGCGGGGAUGGCCAUGGGGCAGGUGGGCAUUUUGCUUUCCAGCUCUGUGGGAGGAAACCGAGAGCUGUCAAAUCCAUGCAGGAAAAGAGGGGAGCAAUAGCAGGUGGUGGAAAUGGCUGGCAAUUGGGAUUCAUUUUAUCUGCCUGAACUGCAGAGGCUGACAUACCCCAAGCACCGGCAGUGUUGUGAUGUGUCCUGCCCUGCCCCUGGCCUGGCUGCAGCCGCCUGCUGAGACAGGCCCUUGUCUCUAAAGGAGCUGCACCGAGGGAUGGUGAGGUGCUGCUGGAAUAAGAUUGAGAGAAUAAAAUAAACAGAAUAAAA